AUGUACUCAUAUAAUGAUACUAACGUUCCAUUGAAAACAUUUCAAUAUCUUAAUAAAUAUGAUCCACCUGAAAACAUGAAGCAGGCUAAAAGGAAGACGGAGAAAUGGUCACGUGACAUGUGGGGCUUGGGUUGUCUGCUGUGGGAGGUUUUUAAUGGUCCGAUACACCAGAGCUCUAAUUUAAGGGAUACUUCAAAAUUUCCAAAGAGUCUCUCCUCCCAUUACUUACAGUGUGUUAAUGCUAAUCCAAUGGCUAGACCCAAUCCAUCUGAACUAUUGCAGUCUUUAAAGGAGAGAGGAGGCUACCUUAGCAACACCUUCAUAUCACUUAACUUGAAAAUAGAAGAGCUUCAACUAAUGGAGGCUGAUAGGAAGAAUCAUUUCUUUGUCGAGUUGAACAAGUCGCUUGAUCUCUUCCCUGACUCAUUUGCACAUCAUAAAGUCCUUCCUCACCUCCUCAAUGUGUUUGAGUUUGGAGGAGCUGGUCCCACAGUCCUUGCUCCGUUAUUAAAGAUUGGUAAACUGCUACCAGAGGACGAGUAUCAGAGGAAGAUAGUUCCUUGUAUAGUAAGAUCCUUUGGAUCUAAUGACAGAGCAACCAGACUGAACCUGUUGCAACACUUGGAUCAGUUUAUUGAUCAGUUGCAGCCUAGUGUAUUAAAUAAUUCCUUGUUCGGUCAGAUAGUGACUGGUUUCACUGACACUGUGCCAACAAUCAGAGAACACACCAUUAAAGCCUCUCUAUUAUUAGCUCCCAAGUUGAAUGAUUCUAAUCUAAGUCAAUUAUUGAAAUUUUUUGCUAAAUGCCAACUAGAUGAACAGGCUGGUAUUCGUACCAACACCACUAUAUGCCUUGGAAAGAUCGCACCUCACCUGAACAGCAAGACUAGAGACCGGGUCCUUGUCUCAGCAUUCACUCGUUCCCUUAAGGACCCGUUCCCUCCUGCUCGCUCAGCUGGUAUAGGAGCACUGGGCUCCACCCUCUCUUACUACACACCCGUUGACAUGGCAACCAGGAUCAUCCCCUCACUGAGUCAUAUGACUGUAGACAAGGACCAGUCCGUCAGAGAGCAGACAUUUAAAGUUUUGAGGCUGUAUGUUGAUAAAUUGGAGGAACACUCAAAGAAGAUGGAGCCGUCGUCUGAUGGAGAAGGAAUUGAACAAACUGAAGGGGCGUCCUCAUCAGUGGCUAGUUGGACUGCUGGUUGGGUCAGCUCAAUCAGUAAAUAUGUCUCCACCUCAUCAUCUGCAAAACCUGAAACCACACCUGCUGCCCCACCCACAUCAUCUUACCAACCUAGUCAGCGACAGACACAAGAAGUCAAGACUACCAUACGUACUACCUCUGAAGAAAGGAGAGAUAAUAAAUGGGAUGAAGACCAAUGGGAGGAUUUUGGUAAUGACGAUACUAAGAAAGGAACUACUCAUUCAUCAUCAGGCUGGGAUGAUGAAAUGUGGGAGAGUUUUGAGCCGACGCCUAAAAAAACCACACCCACUGGCCGAGCACCACCUUCAUCCUCAAUGAAGCUCUCAAAGAACAAGUCGCUGUCCCCUCCCCCUGACACACCCCCUGGUGAUGACUUCUGGUCUCGUUUAGAAACAUCAAAGCCAUCAACGAGAGGUAGGGAUAAAACCACACCUCCUCCA